AAUUUCUCAUUUCCAAUUGUCAUCAAAUUGUGAAAAUCCAGAGGUCAAGGUUUAGUUUAAUCUUACUGACCCUUGGGAGUAAAUUGAUCUAUUUAAUCUUGAUCCUCUUUUGAUUAGAGUUAAAUCCUCCCAGAGGAAAUGGAAAUCUAGAUAAUUACAAUUAAGACUUUAUUUAUAAUCCAAAUUCUUAGGAUUAGAUUGCUGAAUGACAAUUUGAUUUUUUUUUCACCAGAAUUCAGAAUCAUUCAGCCGAUUAUAUUAUUUGAUAUUCUAAACGAUUCUGUAUUGAUUAGUAUGAUUGCCAACAGUUAUCAUGUUUCAUGAACUUUAAUUGUCUGUUAAUCAUGUGAUUUAAUGGUUUUAUAAAUAUCAAAUUAACAUCUUAAUGAUUGAUAAGAUGAUGAUUAUGAUUAUGAUAUAAUAUUGAUUUUGGUUGAUUUGGUUUAAUGUUACCAAUAAUCAAAUUUAUCUCAUUUCCAACAAUUGUAACAAUUUUCCAAUUGAUUAAUAAGUGGUUUUUCCUAAAUGAAUUUUCCAAGUAAUCACAAUUAAAUUAAUGAUGAUUCAAGCCUUAGUUACUUAGGAAAAUUUUAUCAUCAAUUUCAGCAUUAAUCAGAUUAUUUCAGUGGAUUUCAGAUCACACAAGUAGAGCUAAGGAAACGAUUUAUGUAAUAGAGGAAGGGAUUAGAUUGAUGAUUAAUUACCAGGUUGACAAUCAAUUAUGGUGUGAUGAGUGAAAACUAAAUCAAUUUAAAAUCAAUGAUUCUAUUGAAACAAUAGUUAUUAUUGUAAACCAUUUUAUCAGCUGGUAAGUUUUCCCAAUAAUUGUUUUUCCUCAAUUAGUUAAUCUAACUUAUUUUCAUGAUAAAAUUGUUUGAAACAUGAUAAACAAUAAUAAUAGAAUAAUCAGUUAAUUAUUAAUUGAUUGUAAUCUAAUCUUCGUAGUUAAAAAAAAAAGAAUACAAAAUAUAAUAACAAAGGGUUGAACUGUUUUUCCAUCAUGAGAUUUUGAUGCAACUUUCACCAAGCUGAAUUUCCUUGUUAAUUGUACCCAAAUUGUUAUUAAUUGUUCAAGGUCACAUUUAAUGUUCAUCUCAAUCAAUUUAAAUUGUUGUGGUUUGCGUUAUGAUGAAUUUAAAAGUAACAUGUUCCAAUAAUGUUAAAUUAUUUUAAGAAGUUGAAAUAAGUUUCUCGUAAUAAACGAACUCGCAAUCGGAUGGUUUCUUCAUCAUUCUCAUCUUAACAAGUCCUUAAUUGGAACAAACUGUGAAGAGAAAGAUAAGAAAAGAAAGAGAAGAUGAUGAUGUUGAUGAUGAUUAAGAAAAUGCAAAGAUAGAAAGUACAGUUAUCUUCAUAAGGUUUUAUCCAAAGGCAUUUGACUUUAGAUGAUGAGGAUGAGGAUGAUAAGUGAGAAGGAACCACAAAUAGACAAGGCCGAUGGAAAUUGUGAGCCAGAUAUAAGCCAAAAAUGGGAAGAAGAGAAAGUGAUGAAGAUAAUUUUAAGAAGAUGCAACCCAAGCAGACAACAAAAUAGAGAAGAGAGAGAGAAGAUGAAUAUGAUGAAGAUGAAGCAAAAAAAUAUUCGCUAACGAUACUUGAUUUUACCAAAAAUGGUCUAGUAAAAUUGAAGAGUAGGAACAAAAUUUACUAAUUUCAUACGUUGAAUAGAUACUUGAUCUAAUCAACGAAUUCGCGCAACUCAGUUACUAAACGAUUAGAACUAAAUUAACUUUAAAUUACUUCGAAAAGAAAAGUUUUUUAUCUUCUAUGGAAGAAAAACGAAAAAUUAAGUAAAAGUUUUUUUAGCACCAUUAAGACUACGCAUUUUCUUCAUCAUCAUCAUCAUCAUCCUAAUCUUCAUCCUCAUAAUCUUAAUCCUCAUCCCCUAACAUCCACUUGUUUGAAUUUCAUCUCUUGCUUUUUUGCCCUUUCUUAGUUAAAUUGUCGUGUCUCUUUUAAUAUUCAAGACAAUCAAAAUCAAUUUAGUUGAAACAAUCUAGUUAAUCUGAUUACUUCACUCAAUCAGUUAUGAGUUUUAACUACAGUUUUUAUUACAUGUUUUUGAUUUAAAUAACAAUUAUUCUGUGAUAAAGUUGAUUGUUAUUGAUGAUCAUUUAUCAAAACAACAAUGAUCAACCCAAUACCAACAGGAUCAUCAACAAUUAAAUCAUCAGAAAGAUUAACUAAUCAACGUCCUCGUAAACGUGAUUGUAACGUAUUAAAGUUUCAUAACUUUGUCCCGAACAAAGAGUUGUCAUGUUUUUCACGAACUCGAGGUUCUAGUGAAAAUGUUCUAACUGGACAUUGUUUAAAGGAAGAAAAUGGUUCGAAGCAGAUUAAUGUUUGCAACUGGCAGAAGAAGCAACAACAAUCAACACCAAUUAAAAGUGAUAAAAAUGAUUUUUGUCAACAAUCAAUCCAAUUAUUAUCACAAGAUAUCCCAAUGAUUUAUAAUGAUACUUCACCAACACCAACAAUAAUUAACAAUGACGAUUUAACCUCACAAUCAAUCCUUGGGAGUCUAUUAGCUCGCAAUGAGAUUAAUCGUGUUGAUAAUCAAUCUAAUCAUAUCGAUGAUUUAAUCAGUAAUUACACUGUGAUCAAUGUUGGGGGUAGUGGUAGGGAUAAUAUUAAUCCAGGUAUUACAAUUAAUGGUAAUUAUGGUUUUCUAAUGCCAACAACAACAACAACUAAAUCAGCAAGUAAAAUCAAUCGACGAAAACCUUCAACUGUCCGACGAUUUUUAAGAUCAUCUGAAAGUCCAUCUAAUUGUGAUGCUGAUGAAGAUAAUUGUGAUUAUGAUGCUGAUGAAUCUGCAAACGAUUCUAAUCAUAGAAACCAAGACGAGCCUCUUGAUCUGUCAACUGCAAGGAAACGUCCACUACUUAAGAGGAAAACACUAAAAGAUGACCAAUGUAGUCAAUUGUUUGAUUAUCUACCUGUUCUCAUACCUGGAACUCAAAUUACUUCACAACAACUACCUCAGACAAUGAUGGCAUCAUUUUUACCUUAUUUAUUUACCGAUCAACAACAACAACAAUCAAUUUUAACACCAACACCAACAACAAUUACAAGUGUAAACUCACCAUCAACACCAAACACAGCAACAGGAAUCGAUCCAAUGGUCUUAUUAAGACAAAGUAAAUUGUUAUUACCUCAUCUAUCUAACGAUCAUCAUCCACAACAACAACAACAUAUACAACACCGUAUUCCAAUUAUAACAUCAGCUGAUUUAACAAAUUCAUCUCCAUCAUCUUCUUCAUCAUCGAUCUCAUCAAUCAGUUCAUCUAAUCAUCAUCUCCAUCAUUCAUCCAGAGGAUCUACAUCAACAAUUCCUGGUGUUGGACAUUUUAAAGUCCAUAACAAUAAUUCAACAGUAAAAAAUCAUCAACAUCAUAUUGCCCCUCAUCAUCAUCAUCAUCAUCAUCUUAAUCGUAACAAUCAAAAUGGACCUUCUAAUGAACGUAAUACAAUUAAAGCUAAAUUAGAAAAUGAAUUUCGCACCAAUGGAUUUCUCGUUAAAACCAAGGAAGUUUCUGAUGGAGAGGCAACUUUUUGUAAAUUUCGACAAUUAAGAAAAUAUACUCGAUACUAUUUAAAGUCUUGGCAUCAACAUCUUCCUGAUGAGAUAAAUAAACUAUGGAAAGGAUUCUUACCACCGAAAACAAGUAAACCAAGCUCAUCAUCAUCAUCUUCUUCUUCAUCAUUAUCAUCAUCGGCGACAAUUAAUUUAACCAACAAUCAACCAUUAGAUCAAUCAGAUUCAUCUUCUCUGUCCAAACAAAUGACCCUUAAUGAACAACCAAUGGACAUAAUUUCAUCAGUUUAUCAAUCAUCUUCAUAAGGAAUACACUCUAUAUCCUCAUUAUUUGUUAAUUGUUGAUGAUACCUGUUGAUCCAUUGUGACACAAUCUAAUUUUAGAUUUAAAUAUUGACCUAUUCAUUAGGUUAUCUAACUUGUUUCAAGACAAUUGCUAUUGUUAAUUCUUGUUAGUUAUCAAGUUAACCUGUAAAUGUUUGUAAAUAGUUUUACCUUUCAACACUUUCUGUUGAUUGUUUUGUAUUAUAUAAAUGUUAUAGUGAAUGAGAAUCUAAUUUGAUUGUGAUUACCUUUAAUCAUUAUUUUCAUGGUUUUAAAAUCCAAUGAAAAUAAACUGCAAGGUAUUUUAAUCUUAAUCUGAAAAGAUUAUCUUUUCCUAUUAUAUUAUCAAUUGAAAAUGAAUUGAAGAGAAAUGAGAAGCUGUGAAUUAAAGUUAAUUUGUUACCUGAUUGGUGAUAAAUUUCCGGGUUUAAUUGCGGAAGUUGAUUGUUGAAAUUAAACUUAAUGCGAUUAGAAAAUUAUCUCUUGUCUGAUUAAGAUUUAAUUUCCAAUCAUCGCCAAAACCAUACCAUCAAUGAAGGAGGAAAAUUGAUCAUCAAUUGGUCUCUAUUUAAUCAAAAGCUUAAUCAAAAUGAUGGACAGUGAAUGACAAUCAUCCUAAAUCAUUGAUCAUUUUUCAAACAAUUUAAUUAUAAAUUAUUUACAUAAGAUUAAGAUGAUGUAUAUUUACCCACAGAAUUAAAUUUAACUCAUUCAUUAGAAAA